AUGGCAGGUGUCGCUGAGAAAGCGAGGCAUGACACCGAUGAGACUCGCACAAUCGUCCAAAAGCGCAACGAGCACGAGCAUCGAGUGCUCUCGCCGGGAAACACACCCUCGGAAUGGUCCGCCUAUGCCAAAUGGGAACAGUCCCUAGAAACGCUGCGCAGCAAGAGAUGCCGCCGCCUCAAAAUCCACCACCUCAACUCGGCGCACGCCAGCCAGGGACGCGUGCUAUCGAUAUACGAGCGAGCCGUCAACAGACACCCCGGCAGCAGCGAUUUGUGGAAGGAGUACCUGUCUUACACGGCCAGCGUCAAGGCCGCAAAGCGAUGGCGCAAGACAAUGACAAAGGCCCUUCGUGUGAUGCCCACCGACGCCGAGCUCUGGAUCAUUGCGGGCAGACGGUCUGCGAGGAAUGGCGACAUGGCCGCGGCAAGAGGGUUCUUCAUGCGCGGCUGUAGAUUCUGCACCCAGGACUGCAAGCUGUGGCUUGAAUACGCAAGGAGCGAGAUGGAGUGGCUAGUCAAGGUAGAUCAGCGCAAGACGGAGAAGAAGAAUGGUGCCGACGCGUUGCGGCCCGACCGCGGUGACGACGGUGACGAACUUCGCAUCGCAUACAGCGAGGAUGAGGACGACGGCCACGGCGACGACGACGAGGGCGGCUACAUGUUGCCCGUGCCAUCGCGGGCCCAGUCCAAGGUUAUUGACAAGCAGGCCUCGGAGCAGCUCAAGUCCAACCCGGCCAUGGACGGCGCCAUACCAAUGGCCAUCUACGACAUAUCCCGGAAACAAGCUUUCUUUACUCCGGAAGUCGCGGAGUCCUUCUUCUCCCUGUUCGCUUCGUUCAGGGCCCUGUCGGUUCAACCCAAGAUUUCCCGGCACGUGUUGGACUCCCUGGAUGAGGCGUACCCGAACCACCCGUCCACGUGCAAUUGCUACAUCAGACAGCCCAUCCUGGGCGUACAGGCCAACACGGCGGAUUUCCCGCGAGGGUUGCGGGAAGUGUUGGCGCGGCUGGGCGAGAGGUUGGACGUUACAACGGACAAGGUCGAGCUCAGCCGGAAGACGGCUGCCUGGAUAGAUGGUUACCUGGCCUUGGGUGAGCUGGAUGAUGGCGUUCGGCAGGUUUUGGAGUAUACCAGGGAAAAGUUGGAACUGUCAUGA